AUGGUUAAAGAAGUUUUACGUAAUUUUGUAAAAAUUAAAAAUAGCAUAGCUUCUCAUAAUUUUCCCGGCCUAAAAUGGAUAUUAGAAGGAUUUAACAUGGUUGAUAAGCAACGUUUAAAAGAUGUUGGUCCAGAUAGAUGUGCUGCUGAAUGGAUUGUUAAAUGUGGUGGAAAGAUUAAGUUUGAUAAGAUGCCGGAUAUAUUUGAAGAUUACAAUGCUUUAAUAAGAGCUACCUCAGAGUUAGAUCCAAGAGAUCUUAAUGACGAUGUUAAAUUAGUUUGGAUUGAUGCAACUAAUGCUUCUAUCACGGGAUAUGGUUGUUUACAUUUUAAUGGAUUAAGAGACAUUAGAGAAGUUAACUUUGUUCGCUGUAAAACUUUACAUGACCGUGGAUUAGAAUAUAUAGGAAUGUAUGCAGGAAAUAUUUUGAAAAAAUUACAGUUAACAGAAUGUCCAAAAAUAACAGAAUACGAAUGUAAAUAA